CAAAGCAGCGCGGUGGGAGGCGGGGAAGGGCUGCGGCGAUGGAGCGGAAGCGUAGUCUGGACUUCGGUCUGGAGGCCGGGGUCGACGACGGGGAUCCCGCGGAGAAGAAACGGCUCCUGCUGUGUGUGGACUUCAUCACCAUCGCCAGCUGCGAGGCUGCUGUGGCGCGGCGCUUCCUGACCGAGAACGCUUGGGAGAUGGAAAGGGCGCUGAACGCCUACUUCGAGCCGCAGGCGGAGGAGGGCGCCGUCCCACACCUCCCGGAGACCGCGCCCGAGCCGGGGUCCUGCGUUGACCUAACCAGUGAGGAGCCAGCCGACCCCGCUUGCUCAGGAAGCCGCACGCCAGACACUGUUCAGCAGGAGGACGGCAGCGUGUUCUCCAUGAUCACCUGGAAUAUUGACGGGCUGGACGUAAAUAACCUGCUGGAGAGGGCUAAAGGGGUGUGUUCCUUCUUAGCGCUGUACGACCCAGACGUGGUGUUUCUGCAGGAGGUCAUUCCCCCGUAUUACAGCUUCCUGAAGAAGAGAGUGAGUAAUUACACCAUUAUCACAGGUCACAUGGAAGGAUAUUUCACAGCCAUAAUGUUGAAGAAAUCGAGAGUGACAUUGAAAAGCCAAGAGAUUAUUCCUUUUCCAAAAACAAAAAUGAUGAGAAACCUUUUGUGUGUGCAUGCCAGCGUGUCGGGAAACGGACUUUGCCUCAUGACGGCCCAUUUGGAGAGCACCAGAGAGCACGCCCAGGAACGAAUGAAUCAGCUCAAAAUGGUCUUAAAGAAGAUGCAGGAGGCCCCGGAGUCGGCCACGGUGAUAUUUGCGGGAGACACAAAUUUAAGGGAUCGCGAAGUCGCCCGGUGCGGUGGUCUGCCCGGCAACAUCUCCGACGUCUGGGAGCUGCUGGGCAGGCCCAAGCACUGCCAGUACACAUGGGACACGCAGGCGAACUCGAACCUGGGCAUUCGCGCCGUCAGCAAGCACCGUUUCGAUCGCAUCUUCUUCAGAGCAGCCGCAGACGGCGGCCACAUCGUUCCCCGAAGUCUGGACCUCCUUGGGCUGGAGAAGCUGGACUGCGGCAGGUUCCCCAGUGAUCACUGGGGCCUCCUGUGCAACUUGGACGUGAUACUGUGAUGUGUUUUCCCGAUGCCAGUCUCCUGGGCUCUGUAGUCUGUGCUGGGGGCUUGCAAAUACACGGUGACCCUGCCUGUCUGGAACUCGAGUUCGUGUGCAGGAGUUAUGACCCGCACCCCUGGAAGAGAAGGAAAACUGCUGUGCUUUCGUUUGUGAUCUGCGUCCUUAGAUUUCAGAACUGAAAGUUAACAUUUAUUUCAGCAAAGUACCCGUGCUCAGAACGCGAGGCCUCUGGGCAACAAGGCGUGAAGGCCUGUGGAGCCGGGUCGCCUUGUCCCUAGGCUAGUCUUUAGAGUUGACUUAUUUUAAAAGUCAUUAACCAAAAAAAGUUCAUAUGUUAAGUAAGUCUACAAAAGGGAAAAACUGGCUGUUUCUGAGUGCUUCACACUGGAUCUUUGGUCCCAUUUCACCAACUGCGAGGAUCUAGUCCAAAGCCAUGCUUGCCGGCCUUGAAGCCGACGCUGCCCUCCCGUGUCAGAGCAGGGUUUUGUCAGCUCACCGCGGCCUGGUUGGUGAGCUGUACGUGAACCCAUGCUUUGCCUUAACUUUCUCAAAUUCACGUUCACAGCUGUGUUGCCAAAAGAGCAGUUAGGCUUAGUGAGGAUGAGAGUCUGUUUUAUGGCAGCACAGGACUUUUUCCAAGAGAAUAGUUGUGUAAAGAGAAAUAGCCUUUUAGUUUUGCUACUUGAAGAUUGAAUUAUGUUAUUUAAGGAGCACUUUUAAAUGUGCUUUGAGGAAACUUUUUCUGCCAUAAGAGAAAGGCACCUUAAAUAGAGAAUUUUACCUGUUGGUAGUGGGUUUUGGUGCCGUAAUGGGAUUGGAUGUUCCCCUCCUGGGGCUUCUGGCUCCGCCACUGCAGCCUCACCCGUGGAAGGGGGUGGCGGGGAGCCCGGCUUUGCCUGCACUGCCUCGUCUCCCCGCCAGGGGGCGGCCGGGCUGAGCUGGCUUCUCAGCUUAGGAAGGAGCCGCUGAGAGGUAACUGGAAGGAGUCGUAGUGGAACCUUGUUUUCAGAGGGGGCGUCAGAACUAACAAGUAGAACAGCUCAGAAAAGACCAGCUGAAUGUAUACAGAACACUGUCUUUGUGGUGACCAGGGAAAGGAGUUUUAUAUGUAAAGUACAACUUUAAUCAUUAAAAUGAGAAUGCUAAUACUGUA